AUGUGGGCGGUCGCCCAGGAUGCACCGGUGCGCCCAGUGACCCAGGCUCUCGAAUGGGGCCGUCUGCGUGGCAAAGAGCGGUUUAGAGUGAGAGUAGGAGUCAAGUUUUGGAGAGGGAUGCUUGCAGUUGGAAUGCGCCGUCAGCUCGCUCCGUACGACGCGAAGACGCAAGUGGUAGAAGGCUUGUGGACGGGCCAGUUCUUCGACGAAGACAUUUGA